AAUUUUUCUCUCUUGCCGACACUUUCUUCCCCCAAACUCCAUCUUCUUUCCUUUUCACUUCAUCCACUAUUUUUUUUCCUAAAGAAAAACAUAAACCCAUUUCCUUCAUGGAUGCUUGACGUCACCCGAGCAGAAAUUGUUGUCUUUUACGACAAUUUUUGUGCCCUUUUUUCCCUUCUUUUUCAAAUUUCUUUAUCGUUUAUGAGUCUCGCGAUUAGUUGGUCGCAGUAGGUUAGGGGGUGCGAUCUAUUUAAUCGGCAAAAUCGGUAUUUAAAUCAUGCUGAGCUCGGACGACGAAUCGCUGCAAGUUUUAGUUUCGGGUGCGCCAAUGGGUCACUGCUUGUUUUGAAAUACUCGUAGCUUCGAGUUCUUUCUGCCCUUUUCUUUUCCAUGGGUGCAUUUAGAUUUCUGAUUCUUCUUUCGUUGGCCGAUUAUAGUGGGCUUUGGUUGCAGAGAGUGAAAUGGUGGGUUUAAAAAGUGGGAAAUCUCCCAACCAGAGGUCAUCUGCUGGGACCCCGCAGAUCGAAGGAGAUUCAGAAUUUGUGGGGUUUUGGAGAUCAUAGGAGAUUAAUCUGGAGGAAGCGAAAUGACUGUUGGUCAGGAGGAUUCUGAGGAUAUUGAGAAGAAGAAGAAGAAAAAGAAGAAGAAGAAGAAUGUGUUAGUGGGGAUUCGGAUUAAUGGUGAUGGUAGAGACCUGCUCAAUUGGGCGAUUGUUAAAGUUGCUGACCCUGGGGAUUGUGUCAUUGUAAUCCAUGUUUGUCAAAAUUCUGACCGUGCACUAAAAACUAAGCCCUUAUUUGAUGAAUUCUUAGAAGGAUACAAAAGCCUUUGUAAUGUAAACAAGGUAGCUUUCAUUUCUCAUAUAUCGACCGGAAGUUCGGUUAAGACGACUUUGGUCAGAGAGGCAGAAUGCUAUGAUGCUCGGGCUGUAAUUUUGGGAACGAGCAAGUUGUCUACUAAUCUUGGGGGUUGGUCAACAACAACUAGAUACUUUGUUAAGCGACUGCCUCCAACCACUGAUGUUUUGGCUCUCUACAAAGGCAAAGUUGUCUUCAGAAGGUCCAUCAGUGAUCAACUUCCAGGCUUGAGUCAAGACCCAAAACCAAGUUUUAGUCCAGCUACUCAAUCUGACUUUGAUGGUUCUGAGACCAAGAAAUCUUUUUCUUAUGGGGUUGGUAGUGGAGACAUGAAGGAUGUUCAUGGAGUUGUCCUUAAAAGUAAAAGAAAUUGUUCCAAACAGGACACUCCAAUGAAGACAGACAAUUCCGAGGGGGGUCUUGGUUGGCCGUUGCUCCGUACAUCUCCGAAGAUUUCGCAAACCCUGUCUGUACAUGACAUGUCUGUGGUGCAAUGGGUGAUGAACUUACCAGAUCGUUCGCCAUCUCACAGUUUAAGAAUAAAGGGAAAUGAUCCAUCAAGAAGAGAGAUCUCUGAUUUUCUGGAUGAGAGGAAUAAAGGCAGUUUAUCUGCCUUUUCUGAGCGACCACAAAAAUUGAAGGAUCUCCUGAAAGCUAGCUCAUCUUGUUAUAAGUGGUUUAGUCCUGAUGUGCUGAAAACUUCAACUUCUCAUUUCUCUUCAGAAAACUUGAUUGGGAAAGGUGGUUGCAAUCGUGUAUACAAAGGAAUCCUCCCAGAUGGAAAGCCAAUCGCGGUUAAGGUAAUGAACUCAUCCGAAAAGGCAUGGAACGAAUUUUCUCGGGAAGUUGACAUUAUAUCCUCAUUGCAUCACAAAAAUAUCACUCCCUUUCUUGGUGUUUGCAUCAAAGACGAUACAUUGAUCUCUGUUUAUGAUUUCUUUUCCCAAGGAAGCUUAGAGGAAAAUCUAUACGGUAGAAACAAAGAAAAAGGCAUACUUUCCUGGGUGGUAAGAUUCAAGUUGGCUGUUGGAAUUGCUGAGGCACUAAACUACCUGCACGAGGAAUCUCCCCGGCCUGUUGUACACAGAGAUGUCAAGACUUCAAACAUUCUUCUCACUGAUGAACUUGAACCACAGUUGUCUGAUUUUGGCCUUGCAAUCUGGGGACCAACCGAAUCAUCCUUUCAGAUCGAAGCCGAUGUUGUGGGAACGUUUGGAUAUCUUGCUCCAGAGUAUUUCAUGUACGGAAAAAUGAGUGAUAAGGUUGAUGUCUACGCCUUUGGCAUAGUUCUACUUGAAUUAUUAUCGGGACGAAGAGCAAUCGACACUGAGACUUCGAAAGAGCAACAGAGCUUGGUUAUGUGGGCAAAGCCAAUCAUAGAACGCGGUGACGUAAAGGGCAUAGUCGAUCCAAACUUGGAGGGAAAAUUCGACAAUGUUCAGUUGAAGAGAAUGGUUCUUGCAGCAACCCUGUGCAUCACGAGGGCAUCUCGACUCCGUCCUAGAAUUACUCAGAUAAUGAAGGUUCUAAGAGGGGAAAUUGAUACUGAAAGCAUCGUUGUGGAGGAUUCACAAAGUGUGGAGAAUGGAGAUGACGAAGUUUACCCGAGUUCGAGUUCUGAACUACACUUGAGCCUUGCAUUGCUAGGUGUUGAUGAUGGUGGUGGGGAUUCAUUUAGCAGUGUGGAACAGAAAAAAAGAGUUUGUUUAGAAGAUUAUUUGAAAGAAAGAUGGAGCAGGUCCUCAAGCUUCAACUAUCUUCCUUAGAGAUAUGUCAGUUUCCCUUCAGCUUAGACUGUAAAUUAGCCAAACAUUAAACAAUGUCAUCAAAAUUUAAACUGUACAAUGACUAUAAACUUAUGCACCCUUUGGUGAGGUGAUUUCUGUAAAUAUAUAUAUAUUAUACAUCUUUUUUUUGGGUCCA